UAUCGUAAUAGCCAUCGCAGGUUUGAGUUUCUCCCCCCUGUUGUUCGCAGUGUAUUGAAUUUGUACGGCCUAUUGUGAAAAACACCCAUUAUUCCAUAGAUGCUGUGACACACACACGUUGACUCAUCUGGUUACUGAGUCACUCAUUCACUAAGCGUCGCUCACACUGGCACACACAGGCACACACUCAAGGGGAAGGCCCCGUUUCACCGUCCAAAGGUUGUUUUUUUUGUUUUUUUAUGUGAUCGUGUUGUGAAUUGAUGUACGGUAACUGUCAUUACACUUCCUCGAGCAGGGUGCAUCAGAUUUAUUUGACACUUUGUAAUCUCCCAGGUUGUCUGCAGGAUAUGCGCCAUCUCUGCACAUGUUUCACAUUUCCGGUCUUCUUGAUGUGUUUCUGGACUCCAAUAACUAUAGUGUGUGUCUGCGUGUGUGUGCAUGAAAGUUGAAGACAGAGCAGUUAAAGAAAAGUUCAGCCCUGCCUGUGUAUUAUAAUGUAAUAAAACACGUUCAAACGUUCUUCUUUGUUCCUUAAUCCAAUCUAAUCAUGUCGUCGUUAUGAAACAAUGUCAGCCACCGCCGCAAACUUUAAUUUUUGUCCGUUAACGGGUUAAUUGACUUGCACGAGCGCGUGGUAGCCUACGGGCGAUAAACUCACUAUUGGGCAACCGGCAGCGCGGAGCUCUGAACCUGUUUCCUUGUUUCAUGUGGUCACAUCAGCCGCGGCGGGUUUGGAGUGAACCUCUUCACGGCGCGGCUCGUCAGAGGGCGGCUCUUUGACUGCUCUUUACGCAUCACUAUAAAGGCUUAACUCCCUCCCUCUGCGCGCUGUCCCGCUCCGCCGCUGCGAGCCCUCAGUGUCUGGAUCCGUGCUGUAGAUAGAUGGGCUAGAUGCCACACGCCGUCAGCCCGCAGGUUGCAGAGGUUAAAAGUUUGAUAUCAGCAUUUUUUGACGCUCUCCUUCCUCUCCUUCUUCUUGUUUUUGGGGCUUUUUUCUCCUCUGCUUGGAUACCGCUGACUUAGGCAUUGGAUAUGUGCACACAGGAUGAUGACAACCCCUUUCCUCCCCGUAGAAGUAAAAUAAAAUAGGCUUUCGCACACACUGGAUUUACUCCUGUCGUUCCAUAUGAAGAAGUCAAAAAUUUGGAUACGGAUUUGUGUCCAUUUACUGCUGUUCAUCACUCUUGGGGUACAUUCAAGUAAAUUUGACGUCAACCCAGUGACAGAUGACAUCUCUCGACUCUCUAUUUUGAGACAGAAUAUUCCUAAAGAUUACAGAAUUCCUGUACAUUACGUUCCAAAAGAAGAGGGUGGGAUGUGUUGGGUGAAAUUAAACGUCUUCUACUUGGAGGAGAGUUUACAAGAUUUAGCACAUAAGUUUGGAAACAUUUCAUCCAACAGAAAAGAUAUUAGCAUAUUCAUCCAAAUGCUCCAAGAACUACGGCUCAACUUGGGGACUCUGGAUCUGAUCAUGUAUGAUUUUGAGUGCCACUACAGGGAAGAGAGGUGGCAGACAGCACGGUACUUUGACUUCGUCAAAGACUUCCUCAUAGCUGCACAGAAUAGAGAAGAUUCAGAUGACUGUGAUCCUCCUCUCUGUCCCACCACACCACACACAACAACAACAGAACAAUAUUCAAAAGAAACAGUUACGUCCAGCUCCAAAGACUGCGCAACAGGCUGCACACCGCAUCACGACCAGCACUUCCUGCCUGAGGUGGUGGAGCGAAGCCUUCUCUCCUUACUGUUCAUUCCACUCCUAGCUCUGGUAUUCCUGCUCGUGUGGAAGGUCCGAUCACGGAGGAACGAAGAGGAUCUUCAUCAGAAUCCUGGAGAAGAUGGACUCUUCACGGGAACAGAAGGGACUGCACCUCCACUAGAUGCUGAAAUAUCAGAAAAAAACAAGUUGAACGUCAUUGAAACAGUGUAAUGCUUCUCUACCCUUUGAUGUUCUUCAGCGCAAUUGGGCUCUACUCUUUUCUCCUGUUGGUGUCAAAAGGUGAUGCAAAACAAACAUGAAGCUUGGUUCCAUAAUGAGAUCUCCGAGGUAAAAAGGCUCAUUUUUGACUGCUCUCCAGAUUCACGAUGGCAGAUUCACAAAGCCCUCACUCUUCUGGUCAAACCACGCCCGCUACCGUAUGGAUGAGCUUGCCUUUCUUGUAAGCCUGCAUUAAACCCAUGCUUUUGAAAAAGACUGAGAUUUUAGCAGAGAGAAACCACCCGUACCACACCCCCACUUGGACUCUCUGGCUCCCACGAAUCGUCCACCCACAGUCAGACUGGCCAUCGGGAGAGAGGGGAGGGAUCUCGGUGGCCCGGUCGCUCUGUGGGCCACUUGAGCAGUCCAUUAUACUAUACAUUAUACAAAAAUGAGUGUGAGAGAGAUGCAGCGUCGGUCCGUAUCCUCCUCCUCCGCCCCUACCCCGCUAAUCCCAGCAGUCAGAGUACAGGAGCACAUGAAGAGGUGGAUUCAUCACGGGCUCCGUCCCUGCUGCAUCAUGAACUCUUUGGGGAAAACUUUGCUUCUCACUCAGCGUGUUACUACAGUCUGCCUGUGUUUCUGGGCCCACCAGUUCAUCUUGAAACAAGCAAAGCAGAGAGUGACUGACACUGGUAAUCUCUUCUAUGAACUGAGGCAUGAAUUACUACCUCCGGUGACCCUUACGUUAACCACAUCCUCAACAGCUCUACAGUUUCCUCUUAGUCUUGGGUUUUCCCAAAGAAUAUAAUGUAAAACAUUGUAGUUCCAAGGUGUAGUCACAUUGUCUGGUUUAGCCAUGUACCCACAGGGGGCGUGUGAUGUAUUUAUUUAUUGAUGGUGGCACUGAGCUGUCGCUGGAAAUGUUUUAAGAGAUCAUUUAAGAGCACCUCUACUAAUGGGUCACAAUUUACGAACAAUCUGUAUACUAACACGUCAUGAACGCUUAAAAACACAGUCGUAAACAAAUUACAUUUCCUCAUAUGAUUUUGUUGUCGGUAUAUAUGACUCGGGUGAUUUAGGUUGUGUGAAUGGAUUACAUGGAGAGGAAACAAAAACACAGUUAUGCAAGAUAUGCUGCUUUGACUAACGUACAUUUAGACCAUUGAGAUCUGCCAUGACAUUCUGCUUACGAGUAUCAGGGAUGACUUCUGUGGAUACAGGAUUUUGUCUUUUCUUUUCUUUUCUUUUUUUGUUUUUAAAGUUAAUUCAGAGCGUAGGUGUCAGACGCACACAUAAGACAAAGAUGGGCCUCCCAUAGUAAAUGUUAGCUCAACACUGCCUUUAUUUUUUACUUAUCUCACCUUUAUGCUCGCAAGGCAAAUGCUGUUACAGGAGAGACUUUGGACGGCCAUUCCUCUCUGAGGAAAACCAGUUAAAUUGCUGUAUAUAAUGUAUAAAAAGAAGAAACUCAGAAAAUAAUUAGAAUCAAUAUACAAAUACUUUAUGAUAUCAAAUCUGAAAUUAAGCUAUUAAAUCUUGACUGUUCACUGAAUGACCAAAUAUACUCACAAUUCCAAACCAUUAACCCUGACUGUUAUCUCACAUGGUGUAAUCUGUUCACACUGACUUUGCCUUUGUUCAGUAUCAGUGUUGUGCUUGCAUAAUAAAACCCAUUAAAGACAAGCUGGUUAGCACAUUUAUCAAGACUCAAAUGCUAAUGAAGUGCUGAAGGACGAUUCCAUUGGUGUUGAAACGUACGGACACACACCUUAGUUGAUUUCACGAUCCACAAAGCUCGCCACGUGGGAACGCCAUGCAGACCUAAAUAUCGAUUUUGCCUUAAAGUUGCGCCAUAAUACACUGUCGAGGGAAGUGCACUGUCAUCUCCUUUACAUACUGAACUGUCACACAAUGGUGUAACUUUCAAAGUCUUUUUUUUUUAAACAGUGUGGUGAGUUUUACAGUUUCUUUCAGAUAUACAAGGGUCCAUGUGAAGAGCAGGGGAUCAUUUACUAGUAGUCAAUAAUACAAACAAUUGGCACGAGGUUGUUCAAUCCACCUGCAUCUAACUACAGCAACAACAGAAGCCCUCAGGCUCAUUCCAGUGCUGAAUCAAUGUGCCCCUCCCCUGCUUGCUUUCCCUUAUACACAUUGAGAUGUGAUAAGUUUCAGUGCUGGAGGUGCUCCCUGUCUCAGUGAUAACAGAUCUUUAUCAGAGCCGUGAGGAGAAAAGGGUUUGAAAACAUCUAAGUGAGGUCAACUCCCACAAGGCCUUGCCCAGUGGCAAAGUGACGUAGAUCAGUAAUGAAUGGUAUUAAAUCAUUAUCAAGAGUAUUAAUGACAAUCAGUCAAAGAGGUAGGCGUGUAGACAGGGCACACUGGCUGUGACCUUUCCCAUCAGGCUGCCCUGCUGUGAAUAGCUGACAGUUGCAACAUUGCAGGACACAAACAUCUGUUUCUGUAUCUAGUUUGAGUAUUUCUAUCAUGUUUGUGGUCUUACAUUGUACCAUGUCCAUUCUUGGUUCUGUGCCUUGUUUGAUUAGUGUGAUUGACUCCGUGUGUAAAUGUCAAAAGCCUAUCUAUAUUUCCCUGCAGUAGAGAAGUGGAGAGAUCAUUACAGGGCGGAUUAGAAUAAUCUCACCACAAUAACCCAGCAGAUAUGAUCCCCAAUCACUCUGUUUUUUGUUUUAUUUUUUGUUUUUUUUUACCAGUUUAGUCUGCUUGACCUGUGCCCAGUUAUGAUCCAGACAGUCUUUUUUUUGGAAAAGAAUAAACUGCGGUGGCUGUGACACCUCUGUCCACACUUUACAUUUUAGCCUUUGUGACCUUUAGGAAAACACUUCAACUAGUAACUCUGCUUGUUUCAUGUGUAUUUUGGACUAUUUGUUGGGAAAUUUUUCUUAUAGGCCCCAAGAGUAUAUUGUGCGAAAUUGAAUCUGUGUUUGAAAAAAAAAAAAAAAAAAAAAAAAAAACAGUAUACCACAUUGGUGUUCAUAUAGUUCAGAGCAACAGUACCUUUCAGCAUCAAUGGCUGGAAUUCUUUGGUGUGGUAAAGUAUUGUUUGUUGUGUUGAACUGCAAGAUGACCUUUUUUUUUAUUCAAAAAUGCAUUUUUGAAUAAAACUCAUUAUUAUCACUAUUAAUGGCAACAUAUUACCUGUGCCAUAUUCUCUAUGGCAUUUUAAUAGCUAAGUCUGUGUUAGAAUUAGUAUACCACAUUGGUGUUCAUAUAGUCCACAGCAACAGUACUUUGAAUAGGAAUAUCUUUAAUAACUGGUGUGGUAAAAUACUGCGGUUUUAAAGCUUUUAACUAAUUAUCUCUAUUCAAAAAUGCAUUGUUGAACAAUAUUCGAGCAUACUAUCUGUCUGUCAGUUUAGACCUGUGACUCUUUAGCUUUCGCUUCUCUACAUGAAGGCUAUUACAUGCAGUGCCCAGUAUUCUGACACACACACAGGCUAAUCGAGCCACACACAAACUAACAAACAAGGUAUACUUUGUCAAAAGUUGCUUUUUUAAAAUAGCCUAGGAAUAUCAUGAGCUGCAACAGGUCUAAGCUGUGAAAAAAAAUAAAAAAAUAAAAACAUGGUCUCCCAUUUUCCUGUCCUUGCAAGAGCCUCAAACAGUGUGUAUGUCUGAUGCAUGGAGGCCAGAAACCAAGCGAUUUCAUGCAUUAGUCGAGAGAAUGACUGCCCUUAAAUACUGUUCCUAUGUGGGUUGUUGUGUGGUCUGAGAGCAAGCAGAGCUGCAUCCUGAACAGUGCUUAUGGGCUCGUGUGAUCCAAUCCAUCCCACUUAAGUGGGUGAAUCAAAUGGCUCUAGGCAGGAAAUAAGUCUGGGUGCCAAAAAGCAAAUGUAAUUAUUGCCCAGUUGGUAUUCUGGGUGAAAACUCUACUGUAUUCUGUAUUUUUGUAUAAAUGUAAAGAAACAUAUAUGAGAUAUGAAUAAAGUACACGUAUCCAACUGUUA